GGUCGUUAUGGUGUUUUCAUAUAAAUCUGAUUUAGUUCUCAAAGUAAAUACAAUAUUAAUUGUGCUCGCAAUAUCCUCUAAAGUUACUGGAUAUAAAAACUCUUCACCCAUAAUGGAAACAAUAUAUUGGUGCAAAUUUGAGGUAUUUGGAAGAGUGCAAGGCGUCUUCUUUCGCAAGUACACGGAGAAACAGGCCAACAUACUGGGAGUGCGCGGUUGGUGCAAGAAUACGAAAGAGGGCACUGUAAAGGGUGAAUUGGAGGGACCGCUGGGACCGCUAAACGAAAUGAAACACUGGUUGCAGGCCGAAGGUAGUCCCCACUCAAAGAUUGAAAAGGUCAUAUUUUCACAAAACAUGGAAAGCGAAAACUACCGAUUCAAUGGGUUCUCUAUAAGAGAUUAGCCGGGGCCAACGUACUUUAAAUAGGCGAAAACUAUGUGGAAAUUGUUGCAACGUCCAAAAUUAACAAGCCCGAAAACCACAACGCAGGCCAAAUGAUUAUUUUUAUUUGUUCUAUGCUUUAGCUUAUAAAUUACGAAAUGUUGGCAAAAAAUUAAAGCUUCCCAGGCUUAUUGAAAUGACA